GUAUCGUCAAGUGCAGUUCUUUUAUUUUCUCGAGAGGAGAUAUCCAGAAUCGAAACCAUCGAAAAAUUGAAAAGAACUUCUCAUUACGUUGUGAAAAUCGUGAAAGAACCGAUAGCAAGAACAUGGCCAAGUUCAACCUUUUCGAAGCAUACAGAGAGCUCAAGGAAAUAGAAGAUGAAAAACAAGAAGCUAUGGACGAAUUUCUUUUCGAGGCAUACAGAGAGCUCAAGGAAAUAGAAGAUGAAAAACAAGAAGCUAUGGACGAAUUUCUUUUCGAGGCAUACAGAGAGCUCAAGGAAAUAGAAGAUGAAAAACAAGAAGCUAUGGACGAAGUUGUUAGAUCGCUAAACGCCGAAAGUUUUGAUGCCGAAGAUUACUCUCCUGUGCCGGACAUGGAAUUUCUAAAGGAAAGAGUAGCCUUCCUGGUUUCGUUACGAGCCAAGAUGGACGCUCUAGAAGCUGAAAAGGAAGCCACUACCACGGAAGAUAAUGGAUCGCUGAGCGGCACAAAUGAAGAGUUGUGUACCCAAGAGCUGGGUACAGCUUACGAGCCCAUGAAUGAAAUCGAGGAAGAGGGCGAACAAUCGAAAAAGGAAUCGGAAAACUAACACAUCGUAGCAGAGCCUGUUGUAGAGUAUUAGUAAUACCAUUUAUUCAAAUGCCCCCACAUUAGCAGUAUAAUAUCACAUGAUCAUUGUCA